AUGUUUAAUGCUGAACGCCAACGUCUCCUGGAUUCCUGCAGAUGGAGCCCCGGUGAAGGGCAGCUUGGCUACUUCGAGGUUUGGGCUGAUGACUGCGCGGCUGGUUCCGUUGCGGACAGCUUCAGGACCGGCUUUCUGGACGACGAUGAGGUCGAACAAUGGCUUCACCAACAGAGGCGGUUCUCCCGGCGGGCCAUGUUUGGCGAGGCCGAAUCAACCAUGCGUAUCCGCCUCCUGAUGUGCGAGCGCGUAGGGUGGCUCCCCUUGGGCUUCGCGAUGAGCCGGUCCUCUUUCCUGGCCAUGCAAACGGCCUUCCGGCUCUCGACUGAGAUGCUGCCCGCUCUCGACGCCAACAACGGGGAGAAAUACUCCAAUCUGCGUUUCGGGGCGCACAACAAGAACAGGCCCGAGUUUAUAGCCCUCACGGCCAAGCUCCCUCAGAUGUCCCAGUUGGGAAACCUCGGACUGGCAAUGUCUCAUCACCUCGAAACGGACACUACGGUGGCGUUUCUUCACGGCUGGAAUAUGUUCUGCGAUCGGGACUACGUGACGAAAGAGCCGAUCAUCCCCCAUGCCAAGAGUUUGCAUGAGACGAUGCAGUCCGCGACGACGACGCUCUGGGCUCACCCGCUGUUUCUGCCAAUAGUCCUUAUGCGGGAACACCUAUCAAGAGCCGAGACAUUCAAGAGGCAAUUGGGGGCCAAUAUGACCGAUAUCGAGAAGGUCCUCGGGGUCACCAAUGCCGCCCGGCUAAUGCGCUCGGGAGUCGACGCGUUCGCUAAGCGCAUGGUCCAGGACGAAGAAAAGAGGCUCCAAAUCACGGCGCGCCUGCUCACGACGGCGAAGAAUGUCGUCAAUAUCCUCGGGGUCCUAGAGUGGGAUUUGCAGUACGCCAAGUUCCUCGGCCGCGUCAGCGGCGAACUGGGCGCGAUCCACGGUCAAAUGUCCCCCGCGGCGGACGCGGAGCUGCGCAGUAUCGUCGACUACCUCCGAUGCGAAGCGCUAUCCCUUGUCUCGUUUGUCGGCGCGAUGAAGUCGAAGCUAGAUCUCCAGCUCACCGUGCUUUACAACUACAUCGCCCAGGCGGAGAACAAUCUCGACAGGAGGAAUGCCGCGAACGCGGGUCUUGAUAGCACGGCCAUGAAGACGCUCGCCGUUGUGACCAUGGUCUUCCUACCCCCUCCCCCCGGGCCCCAGACUAUCUUCAGCAUGUCCAUGUUCGGCUGGCAAGGUGCCUCUUCGACGGCAGGGGACACUAAGCGGACGGUCGUUCCCGAGCUCUGGAUCUACUGGGCUGUGAGCAUACCUCUGACGCUCGUUAUUGUGAUCGGCUGGCGCGUCUGGUGGCAUUUCCAAAAGAGCUACUACGAGAACAAGUAUUCGAGUGUGAAAACCGAGCGAAACGUCUAG